AUGGCAUGGGAUCACCUGUCCAUCACCAAGCCGCAUCUGGUGUACUUGAUUCUCGGAGGCUUCACCAGCUUGUUUAUGCUGUGCUCCUCCGUCAUCAAGGAGCGCUUGUACAUUGGUGAAGCCACGGUCGCGACCAUAUGCGGCAUCAUAUUCGGCCCCCAUGCCGCCAAUCUCAUAGAUCCUUCGACUUGGGGCAAUGUCGAUUUGAUCACUCUAGAGUUUUCGCGCAUCGUUCUCGUCGUGCAAUGUUUUGCCGUUGGUGUUGAGUUGCCUCGCGCAUACAUGGAGAAGCACUGGAAGUCGGUAGUUCUGCUGCUCCUCCCAGUCAUGACUUUUGGCUGGCUGAUAACCAGUCUGUUCAUCUGGGGCCUGUUCAACUCCCACCUCAAUUGGCUCGACAGUCUCUGCAUUGCUGCUUGCGUCACUGCCACCGACCCUGUCCUGGCCUCGUCCGUUGUCGGUAAGGGCAAGUUUGCUAAACGAGUCCCAAAGCAUUUGCGAGAUUUGCUUUCUGCUGAGUCUGGUUGCAACGAUGGCAUGGCCUUUCCUUUCGUUUACCUGGCCAUUUACCUUAUCCAUUACCGCCCCGACGCAAGCAAGGUUGCGUACCACUGGUUCUGUUACACAAUCCUCUACGAGUGCAUCUUUGGUGCUUUCUACGGCGUAGUGAUUGGCUACAUUGCAAGACGUGCUAUUAGAUACGCUCACGAGCGCGACCUCAUCGAUCGAGAGAGUUUCCUCGUCUUCUACUUUGUACUGGCGCUCUUCUGCGCUGGCUCAGGCUCACUCUUGGGCAUGGAUGACUUGCUCGUAGGAUUUGCUUGCGGUGUAGGCUUCUCCAACGAUGGAUGGUUUUUGGAGAAGACGGAAGAGUCCCAUGUUUCCAAUGUCAUUGACUUGCUAAUUAACUUGGCUUUCUUUGUCUACUUCGGUUCCAUCAUCCCCUGGGAGCAGUUCAACUCCGACAUCAUCGGACUGUCGCCUUGGCGUUUGGUUGUGCUCGGCAUUUUGGUACUCUUCUUCCGCCGUAUUCCAAUCAUGCUGAUGCUUAAACCCGUCAUUCCGGAUCUCAAGACAUGGCGCGAGGCAUCUUUUGCUGGACACUUUGGACCCAUCGGUGUCGGUGGCUUGUUCGUUGCUAUUCUUGCGCGAGCCGAGCUCGAGACUAGUACCACGACGCCGUUAGCUGUACUACCUGAACCUGGUUUCGAGCAUCUAAACAUCAUCGAGAUGAUAUGGCCCAUUACCUGUUUCUUGGUUAUUGUUAGUAUCGUUGUCCAUGGCAGUUCGAUUGCUGUCUUCACCCUCGGCAAACGUAUCAACACUCUCACGAUAUCAAUGUCGUACACACAGGGCAACGAAAACGGGCCUGGCUGGAUGGACCGCCUUCCCCGUAUUCAAUCGCGUUCAAGGUCUUCCAUGGCACGCCGCCCGUCCGAGUCAUCCUUUGACGAAAAGUCCGAUUUUGCAGCUGCAACCGGCUUCGGUGGCUCAUUUUUGCGUAGGCAGAGAGAGGAAGACAACCCAAGUCGUUCAAACUCUGUUAAACCUACGGGUCGAGGCAGGCGCUGGGAGGCUGGUCAUGGACCUGGCGGUCCCAUUGCUCAAUCUGCCAUCACACCCAACAGGCGUGAUGAGGACAAGGUAGAGGCUAUACCACCAGAACAAGAUACAGACACGUUUGCCGAUGCCAUGGCCAUCUCUAGUUCCAGUUCGUCAAGCGCAAAGGAGAAGAUGAAGAUGCGACAGCCUGGGGAAGAAAUUUACCAGGAAGGCCAUCAGACUGUCUUCGAAGACAAGGAAGGAAAUGUUUUAGGCGUGAGGGAUAGUCACGGCGAACAUGGCCAAGUACGAAGGGAACACGAUAUCCAGAGAGGACAAGAAUUGAUUACUCAGGCCGAGGUUCAGCAGGGAGUGUCUCAGAAAGAGCACGAUAGCGGACUUGAAGAAGCCCCGAGUAAGGUUGAGAACGCUAUUGAGCAUCCUCACAAGACAUGGCGCAACCGUAUGCAAAGUUUCUCGGGACGUAUGCACAAAGACGGCAAGCAAGCAGAGGCCUCGAAGGUUGACAAGCCAGCGCACAAGCCUGGGCCCGCUCUCGCGUAUCAAUACGGUAACACCAUUAUUGUUGAAGACGAAGACGGCGAGGUCUUGAAAAAGUACGACAUUCCAGCUACACCAAAGAAGGGCAAGGAUGGCCGGCCUAGUUUGAAGCGCAUGGGAACUCACAUGGGCGUUCCAAACACUCAUCACGCUGGCCCUGAGGGUUCUCAAGCUGCGAAUGACAAGAAGAAGAAGGCGGCUGAAGCAGCUGCCAAGGAGCAGCAAGAUGAUGAUUUGGUCCGAUUCACUGUUACCGCCGGCGGACGUCGCAUGAGCAAGUUGGAGUUCAUUCAACAAAUGGCACAAAUGAAUCCCAAAGACAGGGCCAAGUUUGUGCAAAACAGCGACGUUCCCGAGGCCGUCAAGGAUGCUGCACACAAGGACGCACAGGAGCACACUGCUGAGCAGCGCCGCCAAGCAGCCUCUAAGCAAGCGAAGGUGCCUGCUGUUGUAGGCAAAGAGGGUGAGGCCGAGCUCCACAAGAUCGAGUCCCCUGCAGCAGACGAAGCGGGAAAUGCACGGGGUCCAGAGGGCUUAACACUGGUUGACAGCAACGACGAACAGGUUCCUUUCCACUCUGUACGUCAGGAUCUAGAAAACUACUCAUACGGCCAAAGCGGUGAGACAGCAGCAGAGCGUCGAAGACGGCAAGCAGCAGGGCAAUCCUCAAGCCAAGGACCCAAGGACACUUCAAACCUCACUCCUGCAACACAACAGCCUCUCACGGAAGAAGCCGGAGAAACCUUCGAAGGCGAAACAGCCGCAGAGCGCAAGCGCCGGCUCGGUGCCCUGGGUGUAGCCAAAGACGACACCCCUGAAUCCGACUCUGAAGACGAAGAAACCGGCGACCCCCUAGAAACUGGCCGCGGCACCCACUCGCGCGCUGCCGCUGAACCUAGCAGUCAAAAGACGCUCUCGCCCACUCCUCGUACCCCCGGUAUCCGUUUCGCAGACCAGCCCCGCGUGCCUACAAAAGACGAGCGCGUAGCCGAGGAAGCCCGCGAAAAGGAAGAAAGUGAGCGGGAGAAGAAGAACAAUAAGCGUAAGAGUGGGUUGAGUAAUUUGAUUGGGAGAAAGUAA